UUUAUUGUCAUCCACAACUGAAGUAUAUAAAAGACAAUGAUGUGUGAGAAAAUGUGUAUCAUUGAUGAAGCUAAAGGCUGAAUUAUAGACCGUAUCCAGAUAUUGAAUCAGAAGCUGAGGCAUGCAUGUAAGUCACAUUACCAGAAUCAGACAGAAACAUAAAUGUCACAUUCACAAUAUAUUUUCUAUGUUGAUGUGACUGACACGUUUUGUUCCUGUAAAAAUGAAUUUCUGUUUUUUGCUUUUUCAACUAUAAUGUGUUUUAAAAGACAGACCGUCAUCUAACCAAAUCUCAAGGAGAGGACGCCAGCUCAGACACAGACAGACCGUACGUCUGUUUCCAGGGUGGAAAGAGGUUCACUGCUCCAAGCAGCCUGAAGACACACUUAAGAAAACACAGCGGUGAGAGACCUCACCAGUGCUGCCUCUCGGGGAAGUGCUUCGUUCAAUCCACCGACCUGAAGGGACACCAGGUGAUGCACAAAGGUGAGAGAGAUGGUACCACCUAUUGCUGCCAAUGUUGCGGUAGCUCAUUACUGAAGACCUGCCAACCUGAAUGCAUUUAGCAAAGCAAUACAUUACGUGUAUUUAAGCAAUCCUUCACGGAACCCAAUAUGUAGGGAUGGCACUAUGUAUAGUAGGACUCGUUACACCUGGCCAUAUGAAUGUGCAUGUCACCGACAAAAAACCGCCAACUCCGACCCGGACAGUGCAGGAGACCCAGAAGGAUUGAAGUUGUCCCCUAAACCAGAACGACUGUUCAUCUGCUCAAAGUGUGGAAAGACCUUCACCACAGCCCCUUUUCUGAAGUUUCACAUGAAGAAGCACGGCGGAGAGAUACACCACCCAUGCUCUGUCUGUGGGAAAUGUUUUCCGCAAUUCCAGGACCUCGAGAGACACCAGGAGGUCCACACAGAAGGGGGCAUAACCUCUGAUGCAGACAGCCCAGGCAAACCAGACCCUGAGAGACCAUUCCCCUGCUCUGUGUGUGGCAAGAGGUUCACUGCAGCCUUCAUCCUUAAGGCACACAUCAAGAUCCACAGCGGAGAGAAACCCCACAAGUGUUCCGUCUGUAGCAAGGCCUUUCUUCGACGCUACGACCUUAAAAGACACCUGGUGACCCAUGAAGGAGAGGCUGUCAGCUCAGACAAAGACAGCGCAGGGAAUCGAGUUUCAGAGGGACUGUGGCACCAGGCGAUCCACAAAGGAGAGGGCGCCUUUGAUGUAUAUGGCCCACUGGACAUUGAAUCCGAGAGACCUUACCUCUGCUCCCAGUGUGGUAAGAGGUUCACUGCAGCCAGCAGCCUGAAGACACACAUGAUGACCCACAGCGGAAAGAAACCCCACCGGUGCAUCAUUUGUGGGAAGUGUUUCCUGCGAUUGCAGGACCUGAAGAGACACCAGGUGAUCCACAAAGGUGAGGGCCCCAGCAUAGAAAAACCCCACCAGUGCUCUGUAUGUGAGGAGAGUUUCUUGAAGCUCGAUGACUUAAACAUUCACGUGAUGAUUCACACUGGAGAGAAGACCAAGCACAUCUGCCAUCCCUGUGGGAAGACAUUCACUCUGCUGCAGGACCUGAAGACUCACCAGCGCAUCCACUCAGGAGAAAAACCAUACCACUGCUCUAAGUGCCCAGAAAGCUUUGGCAAUUUGUUGGAGUACAGAGAGCACAAACAGACACACAACAAUGAGAAACCAUACCUCUGUGACCAAUGCGGACAGACAUUCACCCACCUAUACACCCUGAAGACCCAUCGGUCGAUACACACAGGGGAAAACCUCCUCCACUGUUCUUACUGUGGGAGGGGUUUCACUCAGAAAACAUCCUUGUCCACCCACAUACUGACCCACACUAAGGAGAAACCACACCAGUGCUCUGUGUGCAGUCGUUGCUUUGCCAGAACUGAAAGCCUGAAGAAACACAAGAGGAUACACAUGGAAGUGGUCCGCCACCACAUGUGCGAGUGCGGGAAAAGUUUCCCAGACAUGAAAAGGCUUGAGGUCCACGCAAGAGUUCACUAUAAGAACCUUGAGAAGAAGUAUAGUUGUUCGUAUUGCGGGAGAAAGUUCUUACGGGAUGGUGAUCUAAAAAGUCACCAAAGAACACACACCGGAGAAAAACCCUUUGUCUGCGCUAUAUGCGGUACUCGUUUUGCCCAGUCUGGCAACUUGAGAGUGCACCAGAUCAAGCACACCAAAGAGAGACCAUACCCUUGUACCGUCUGCAAAAAGGGGUUCACCACCUCAGGCAGUCUGAAGGUGCACAUGAGAAGGUUUCAUACGGGGGAGAAGCCAUAUGUCUGUACUCUGUGUGGCAAAGGGUUCCAUGUACCUAAAGCAUUAAAGGCACACCAACAAAAACAUAUGAAAGAAACCACUGUCUAGUUAGAAAGCAUCAGGUUAGCUAGCAAACUUUAUAGAUGUUGUUUUGUUACAGUUAUCUGCACAAUAUUCUAAUCAGUAACUUAACGUUUGGAUAACUCAAACUCCGUACUAUUAUGUUAAUUUCCUGUUAAGAGGCAUUAAAAAAGACAUCAAAAUAGUAUUACCAAUUGAACAACAUCUACAGUGUGAUCGAUUAAUAUUAAUUUACACAGCUGGCACUAAAUUGAUGUUGGAUUUUUUUCUUAAGGGUGAGGUAAGUUUCUAGCCCGUUGCUUUCUUCAAUAAUAUAAUCAGGAUGCAUUUCUUGUUAAAAACAAAGUCGAUCUUACAGUUGAUUAAGCACUCCUUUUUUUUUUACCUAAGCAUAACAGAUAAUCAGUUGUUAAGACUAUUUUAGUGUCUCAUAAAGGACUGAUUGGGCUCACCUCUGAAACCAAAAUGCUGCUUGGGAAAUGGCAUAACUUAAGCACUGCUAAACAGGGCUGUUUAGAAGUGAAGAAUGAUCAUCAUGUGAUGCUCUAUUUAUUGAACGAUUGUUGACAUUGUUGGUAACAGAAAUCUCAAGCUGUUGAAAUAAAUCUAAACAUGAUGUGUCUGUUAGGUCUGUCCAAAAUCAUUCUGAAUCUAAACAUGAUGUGUCUGUUAGGUCUAUCCAAAAUCAUUCUGAAUCUAAACAUGAUGUGUCUGUUAGGUCUAUCCAAAAUCAUUCUGAAUCUAAACAUGAUGUGUCUGUUAGGCCUGUCAAAAAUCAUUCUGAAUCUAAACAUGAUGUGUCUGUUAGGUCUGUCCAAAAUCAUUCUGAAUCUAAACAUGAUGUGUCUGUUAGGUCUAUCCAAAAUCAUUCUGAAUCUAAACAUGAUGUGUCUGUUAGGUCUAUCCAAAAUCAUUCUGAAUCUAAACAUGAUGUGUCUGUUAGGCCUGUCAAAAAUCAUUCUGAAUCUAAACAUGAUGUGUCUGUUAGGUCUGUCCAAAAUCAUUCUGAAUCUAAACAUGAUGUGUCUGUUAGGUCUGUCCAAAAUCAUUCUGAAUCAGCAAUAAUUACAUUGAACAAUAAAAACCUCCUGAAAUUAAACUUA